AUGUAUGGUCCUCCACGGCCUCCAUUUUUUCCACCGUUUAUGCCGCCAAAUCCUUUUGCAAUGGGUGCUCGUUUUCCAAUGAUUCCUCCUCAUCAUAUGCCAGGUGGCAUGAUUUCUCCAAUAUCUCAAAUAAUAACCAAUGGCAAUGGUAUUGGAAGUGAAGAAAAUUUCGGUGAAUCCACGAAUAUAACGCCAAAUUCCAUCAUAUACGACAAUACUCAAUCAUCUUCCGUUAAUGGUAUCACCGAUCAGAAUACAUUGUCUUCGACGAUGAAUCCACAAUCAUUAGGUACAUGUUAUUCUAAAGUCUUUAUAUCUUUAAUAUUUAUUUUUAUGCAUUUAGAUCACGGUGAUGAUCAGACGAAGAAUAAAUCUAAAAACCAGAAGAAACUUUCAAAAGAUGAGAAAGAUAAAAAGAAGAAAAGUAAAAAGAACAAAGAUUUAAGUACUACCACAACGACCACAAUAAAUACACAUAUGGAAGAUGUAUGA